AUGACUGCUACGGCAACAAGGGGGUAUACGGUCCGGUUUCUUGAUGACUCGGCCGGAAAUGAUUCGGCGGUGAUAUCUAGUGGGUCUGGUGACCUGGAGUCUUUGGAAAGUGGGGCUCAACGCAUGCGGGUGACGUUGGUAUUCAUCCUGUCAGGAUUUGUAACCAUUUGGCUGCUGUGUGUGGGAUUGAUCUGGCACUUGAGAGUGAAUCGAGCAGGGGCUUUCAAAGGGGACGCAGUAGCAGCGAGAAAGGUGAUUCUACCAGCAUAUGAGCCUGUACUGUUCGUGUUGGCCGGUAUAAAUGGCGUUUAUAUCUUCUUCCUGGUGGUGACGCUCGCAAUAGACUAUUACGACGUCUUUGUUUCCCCUCUCAUACUCGAAUCGUUUUACUCCGGCAAUCAGUUCAUGUUCGUGAUCGUUCUGGUACUCAUGUUCGAGAAAAGCCUGUCAUCCCCUGCCGUCAAGCGAGCCGUAGUAUUGUCGUUUGUUCUAUCGUAUUACACGAUCCUGUAUGUCUGGGUGGUGACGAAAUUCGGUCGUCCAAACCAACAAAAGGCUUUUACAACUGGUCUCCAAUGUGUCCGCAGCCUGCUAAUGCUACCAUUUGUGUACGCAUUUAUCCAUCCCCCAAAUCGAGCCACCAAGCGCAUUAUUCGGGAAUUGUGUUUUGUUACCAUUGUGCAUUUCCUCCUCACAGUACUGCUCAUGAUACUUAUCAUGGAUCCAAAGACUGCCAAUGCAAGCCGCUAUGUCGUUUAUGUGUUGCUGUCGUGGGUUGCGUUUUGUCCACUGGUUGUUUGGCGCGUAUUGAAAGCGGACACUGAGUAUUGGCGAGGAGUCGGACAGCGAGGAAAUGCUUUGCAAGAGUAUUUUUCUCGUGAGAAUAGAUUCUGUAAGCAUAUCUCCUCAGAAGGUUUGCACGUACUCAUCGAGAUGAAUCGAAAGUGCAUAAUCGAUUUCGCUUAUCUGGAGCUCGUUCGGCAAAUUGGGGUGGGUUCCAAGUCCACUGUGUUUCAAGGAACUCUAAAGUUGAAAACGCAUGUUGCUGUUAAAGCAUAUACACCCACAAAUUGCUCCGAUGAUAUCGUAGCAGCCUUUUCGCACGAAGCGGCCAUGUGCAGUGUCCUGAAUCAUCCUAACAUCGUUCAGUUCCAUGGAAUGUGCGUAGCACCACCUACAAUUUGCCUCGUAUUCCAGCUCUGUCAGGAAAAUUUGGCCGAUACGCUGGCGGAUCAAGUUUGUAUGAAAAAUGUUCAUCCAGCCCGACAGCAAUUACUAAUUAACGUCGGCUAUACCUUAGAUACUGCUCGCGCCGUGGCUUAUCUUCAUAGCUUCUCACCCCCAUUUGUCCACUGCGACAUCAAGCCAACAAGUUUUCUUGUAGAUGCAGAACGUAAUGUAAGAUUGUCGGACUUCGGGGAAGCCAGAUGCAUGGCAAAACUAAGAAAGAGAAUGCCUGCAUCAAAGGCAAAGGUGUCAAUUCUGGAAGAUAAACAAGUUGCGGUUACGAGUGCAACUGAUUCUCCGAUGGGUACGACGUGGACCAUGUACAUCGAGAAGAACUCUGCAGAAUACACUGCGCCCGAGAUAAUUGAGAGGAGUGGUGAGCUCGAUGCUUAUGCUGAAGCGACGGAUGUUUAUGCACUUGGUGUUUUGAUGUGGGAUAUUUUACACCCUGGAGCCAUAAAUUUUCCGCAAGCAAAUCAAGAGCAUGCACAAUUAUUUACAGAAGUUCUCAAUGGUGCACGUCCUAGGCUGGAUCAGAAGACCCCUCCGAAAUUACGCGGUAUAAUUGAGCGCUCCUGGGCCCGUGAUCCUAACCUUCGUCCGUCGGCAAAACAAAUUGUCGCGGCACUGGAAAAUGUCCAGGAAGAGUUAUGCGCGCCACUGGUACUCGACCUAACGAGUGAUCUGUGUGAGUAUUCUUCAGUCGUAAGUGAAUCCAGCACUGGAUCAGCAAGAGCUCAUCACACCUGUCCCGGGGCACUCUUGGUAGAUCGAUUAAUCGACCGGCGGUUCGUAAGCUGCCCGGCUGAGGCCAUACGUAUGGGCAAUGCAUUGAUGGACUCUGGUUUCCUUCACCAUGUUGGUCACUCGAGGGGGUUUGAAAAUUGUGCGACUGCGAGAUACUAUUUUGCCUUCGAUGAACCACUACCGAGUCACCUUGAGAGAUCACUCGAACAAAGCAGCUCACUAAACGCAAGUGAGUUAAGUAUUCCAAUGCUGACUUGGGUCUCCAAUGAUGGUCAUCCUAAAGGUUCUUUCAGUUUCGUUCGAACUCGCGAAGAUGCCACUUGCCGAUGCCGACAACUAGGACAACGUCUUGUCCGCAGCAGAUCUUCCCGAUUUCGGCGACGAAAACAGUAUCAAACUGCACCAGAGGCGAUGGUCAACAUCUUGACGGCCGCUUUGUUGGUGGAUGAGCCGUCAAACUCGAACGACUACAACGAUCCAGACGUGCAUUCUGGAACGGCCACAAACAUGGCCUAG